CAGCCGAAGGGGCGGGACCGGGCCUGGGAUUGGCUGUUGUCGGCCGACCCCUUUCCCUGCUGUCCAGUUCCUCUCCUCGGCUGGCGCCUGCGCUGUGGGGUGGCUGUGGGGGGCGGGAAGCGCUACGGGGCAGUAGAGCCCAUGUCGGCCUUGAGGCGCUCGGGCUACGGCCCCAGUGACGGUCCUUCGUAUGGCCGCUUCUACGGGCCCGGGGGUGGAGAUGUGCCCAUGCACCCACCUCCGCCCUUGUAUACUCCUCGCCCUGAACCUCCCCAGCCUCCCAUUUCCUGGCGGGUGCGCGGGGGCGGCCCUGCUGAGACCACCUGGCCGGGAGAAGGCGGAGGAGGCGAUGGCUACUAUCCCUCUGCAGGCGCCUGGUCAGAAACGGGUCGAGCUGGAGGAAACCACCAGGACCAGCCACCAUAUUCUAGCUACAAUUCUAACUAUUGGAAUUCUCCUGCACGACCUAGGGCUCCAUACCCAAGUACAUAUCCCGUAAGACCGGAAAUGCAAGGCCAGAGUUUGAAUUCUUAUACAAAUGGAGUAUAUGGCUCACCAUACCCCACCGGUCCUGCGACAAAUACUGCCUCAUACUCUGGGGCAUAUUACACACCGGGAUAUACUCAGACCAGUUACUCCCCAGAGAUUCCAAGCACUUAUCGUUCACCCGGCAACAGCCCAGCCCCAGUCUCUCGUUGGCUGUAUCCUCAGCAGGACUGCCAGACUGAAGCAGCCCCUCUUAGGGGGCAGGUUCCAGGAUAUCCUGCUUCACAGAACCCUGGAAUGACCCUGCCUCAUUAUCCUUACGGGGAUGGUAAUCGUAGUGUUCCACAACCAGGACCAACUGUACGACCACAAGAGGACUCAUGGGCUUCUCCUGGUGCUUAUGGAAUGGGAACCCGUUACCCCUGGCCUUCAGCUGCCCCCUCAGCACCACCUGGGAAUCUCUACAUGAGUGAGAGUACUUCACCAUGGCCUAGUAGCAGCUCUCCUCAGUCACCUCCUUCACCACCACCCCAUCAGCCCAAGGAUGCCUCAUACCCCUAUAGCCAAUCAGAUCAAGGCAUGAACCGGCACAACUUUCCUUGCAAUGUCCAUCAGUACGAGUCCUCGGGAACAAUGAACAAUGAUAAUUCAGAUCUUUUGGAUUCUCAAGUCCAAUAUAGUGCUGAGCCUCAGCUGUAUGGUAAUGCCACCAACGAACACCCCAGCAAUCAAGAUCAAAGUGAUAAUCUUCCUGAAGAGUGUUUAUCUUCAGAUGAAGGUACUCCCCCAAGUAUUAAAAAAAUUAUACAUGUGCUGGAGAAGGUCCAGUAUCUUGAGCAAGAAGUAGAAGAGUUCGUAGGGAAAAAGACAGACAAAGCAUACUGGCUUCUGGAAGAAAUGCUAACCAAGGAACUUUUGGAACUGGAUUCAGUUGAAACUGGGGGCCAGGACUCUGUCCGGCAGGCCAGGAAAGAGGCUGUUUGUAAAAUCCAGGCCAUCCUGGAAAAACUGGAAAAAAAAGGAUUAUGAAGGAUUUAGAACAAAGGGGAAGCCUGUUACUAACUUGACCAAAGAACUCUUGAUUUUGGUUAAUUAACCCUCUUUUUGAAAUGCUUAUUGGUGACAAGAAGCAAUACAUUCCAACUUUCCUUUGAUUAAAACUUGAAAAACUGGUAAAGGACUUGAAAGAACAUUUUAGUUAUGAGUUGUUUUCAGUUUUCAGACCAAUGAAUGUAAUAGGAAACUGUGGAGUUACCGUUAUUGCCAAGUAGACUCACUCCUUAAGAAAUUUGUGGAUAUCUACAAGCUGCUUCUUAUCAGCAGGAGGGAAACACGCUUUAUGUAACAGGCUUAUCAAAAAUCUACCAGAUGAGACUGGAUAUAAUCUGAGGCAAACAGGCUCUGCUUUUUUAACCAUAUGGAUUACUUGUCACAUUUUUGUACAUUGUGACUGCUUUGAACGUACACUUCAUGUGUAAAUUACAGCUUGGACUUUAGCCUUCUUGGACCUCUGUUUUGUUUUGUUAUUUGCAGUUCACAAAUAUAGUAUUAUUCUUUA